AUGGGGGCAUUUCCGGCAGUCCUCACCGCAACCUUGGCCAGCGCCGUAGGGUAUACGUUUAGUAUAUUCUCAAUCUCAAACCCAUCAUCGACAACGUUCGCCACAACCCUCGCUCCUCACCUCUCCUCACAAGCUCAAAUUUGCCACCCAAAUUCCUCAUGCUACAGGAACGCCACAUCACGAUGGCAAAUCUCUUGGGGAAUCCCGCACUUUGACAUCGUCAUCCACCCUUCUACGAUCGAGGACAUUCAAAGCACAAUUCGGGUCGCAAACGCCCACUCCAAGCCUUUCCUCGCAAUCUCCGGCGGCCACGGCGCAACUCUCUCCCUCGCGAAUCUUCGCAACGGCGUAGGAAUCUGGCUCGAGAGCUUCAAAGACGUCGAGAUUCUUCGGGAUGGCCAAAGUGCAGUAGUCGGUGGUGGAGUUCUCAGUGGUGAGCUCCGUGACAAGCUCGCUCUCCAUUCGAAGCAAACGGUCCAAGGAGCCUGCGAUUGCACUGGAGCAGUGGCACCCAUGCUCGGAGGCGGCCACGGUUGGCUGCAAGGCAGAUAUGGGCUGAUGGCAGAUAACUUGAUCUCUGCGAAGCUGGUCCUGGGGAAUGGGAGUCUCGCGGAGGUUUCUGCACAUCAGCACGAAGAUUUGUUCUGGGCGUUGCGGGGUGCUGGGCAUAAUUUUGGCAUUGUGGCAGAAUUCGUGUACAAGAUUUAUGAUGUUACUGAGGAGAAUCGGGAUUGGGCAUACGAGCAGUUCUAUUUUGAAGAGGAAAAGUUGGAAGAGGUGUUGCGAGUUAUGAAUGGGAUGAUUGGUGGUGUUGAAAACCCAGGACCGGUGGAAUUGAUCGUUUUCGGGUUCGCAGGCAGGUUUCCCGGAGUGGCCGAUGGAAAGGUAUGGUGUAAUAAGUGUAUGCUCAGCGUGCCUUUUGUGCUGAUCCAGCUACAGGUCAUCUUGGCGAUCUUUCUGAUAUGGCAGGGCAACGACAUCCCUGGCACCUACUCAUCCGGGUUCCGCGCUCUUCAGCCGUUCAACAGCGUCAGCGGAGCAACCGAUCUGGCAGGCGUCUCCGUGAUGAUGGGAUUUGACGUGGAUGCCCCACCUUGUGCGAAGAAUUUCCCGACGCUGCAGCGCUUUCCGCUGGCUUUGGAGACAUAUCCUCUUGCUGGUAUGCGCGCAGCAGUAGAUCUGCUCAAAUCUCUUCCGACCGAGUUCAACAUCACGCGCAUCAUAUUGGAGGCUUAUAGCGUGAACGCUGUCCAGUCGGUGCCCGAGAAUAGCACGGCGUUCGCAGAUCGGUCAAGUAAUCUGCUGAUCAGCCCCUUCAUUACGCAUGCGCCCAACGACGCGAACCUGGCUCGUCGUGGCGCAGUGUACGGCAAUGAGAUGCGUCGAGUCAUAGUCGAGGGUAGUGGCCAUGCGUUGAAUGCAUACGUGAACUAUGCGCAUGGCACUGAGACCCAGAGAGAGUUGUAUGGAUACCAGCAGUGGAGGGUGGACAGACUGCAAAAGCUGAAGAGAAAGUGGGAUCCAAGUAAUCGUUUUGGCUGGUACCUCCCGAUCGACCUUGGUAGUGGUGGAAGCCAUUAUGAUAAGCACGAUAUGUAG